UCCGCAAGAUGUCGCUAGCCUGAUAGUUUUGGGUUUUCCGAAUCAAAUCCUGUAUUUUUCAGUGUCGGUAGCAUAACAUUGAAUGACAAAUAAGUAUACCAAGUCUUCGUAUGAAUAACAAAGCUUCAAGCUUGAGCGAAAGCGGAAAAGACGGCGCCAGUGGCCAAGAUUCUAGAGGAGCAACUCCAGGGUCAGAUUUCCCAGGCGGAAUGAAGCGGGCUGCAGCAAAACAACUAAUUGAGGCGUACUAUUUCCAGCUGACUGACGGAUGUGGCAACCAUAGUUGUACAAAUAAAAUAUGUGCUUCAUCACCAAGUUUCAAUCUUAGAGACAAAGACAGAAAUGCUCUAGCUUUAAAGUCUAUUGAACUGUUCAAAAAGAAAGCUCAAUUAUGUGAAAACCAGAGAAAUAAGAUAGCAAGGUUACCUGUCAGUGGUGACUCGAGCCCAGUCGGUGCGACUGGGACAUCACCGCUCACAUCACCAAGAUUAGAUAUUGAGACCCUUCCUGGACCAUCUAAAGGAGGUUUCAGCAGUUUCAAACCAGGAAGUGUUCCACCUGAACCACCAUCAUCAUCAAAAUGUACAGGAGCGAUAUCUAGAUCUACACCUACAACCCCAACACAACCAAAAGAGUUACCAUUCCUGAACGAGGAAAGGCUUCUUGAAAUAUUGAGGACAUGCCAGGAAUCAAAUGAUUGGUCGUCAUUGAUCAAGAUUAUAGGAAGUGUAUAUAGCAGUCCUGAAUCCCUUAUCAAGAGUUUUCAAAUCGAGGCAGAACAAAAGUUAUCCAAGGAGAAAGUAAGCAGUUACGAUGCUGACAAAGACAUUGAUGAUGAAGACUUGGAAUCAGGGGAGAAAAUUCAUGAUAAAGUGUCUGAACGAAAGUGUCUUCAUCAAACUACAGGAAGUGAUGUAAAUGUUGAUUUGAACUCAUUAAGGCGCUGCUAUGCUUUAUUGAUGGAAAUACCUGACCUCCCAUUCCAAAAUGCCCUGAUCAAUGCUCUACGGUCCCUGUCUAAAACAUUGGAUAUGGACUUUAGGUACACAAAGCAAGUAGAGAAUGAAGCAAACUACCUAAACAUAUUUGUAAUAGUGUUAGAAAUACCAUUGUUGCAUAGUCCAGAGUUUAUCGAGGUUGCGUACCCAGAUUUCUGCAAGGCUAUGGGCCAGUUACCAUUGAAGGGUCAGGUGAAGUUAGUGCAGUAUUGGUCUGGUUUCGAGGCAGAGAAACUGAAGGAUAUGGUCCUAUCCUUGCAGCAGAUGAUCACCGUGAAGCUGAUAGAUGGUGAGUCUCGUUGGAACCAGGGCUGGUCUCUGAACAAUGAAGACGCUAUCACAGGUCCGAUCAGAGUGAUGAAAAUCUUGUAUUAUGCAAGCAUGUAUGGAGGUGAUAAAGACUCUAAAGCAGUUCUAGAGGAAGAGAGGAGAACUGUAGAAGGGGAAAGUCAAUUGCAAAAUGAAUUUCUUGGUGCUAGUGCCAUGGGUCAUGACUUUAAAGAGCCAAGACAAAUUAAAGAUGAUCCACUUGGGAAAGAGUUAGAUAUCACGCAUGCAGACUGUAGGCAUCCACUUGUGGACUAUGAAGAGUUUGUAAAUGAAACACUGAAUGAGAAUAUAAGUGUGGAAACAGACUACAAGUUUAAGCUAGAAAGUGAAGAAUCACCAAAUAAAUUCUCUUUUGCUAACUAUAGUUUUGUAUUGAACACUGCAUCAAAACAGGCAAGUUUAUAUAUGGACAAUCGUAUACAGAUGUUCAGAGAAAGAAGAUCAUCUAUUAUUCAGACCUUAGUACAUGGUAUGCCCCCAAUGCCCUUCUUGAGAAUCCGAGUGUCCCGAGAGAGGUUGAUAGAUGAUGCUCUAGUAGCUCUUGAGAUGGUUGCUAUGGAGAACCCAUCAGAUCUGAGGAAACAGUUGUUUGUAGAGUUUGACGGAGAACAAGGUCUUGACGAGGGUGGGGUCUCCAAGGAAUUCUUUCAGCUUAUUGUAGAGGAAAUCUUCAAUAUAGACUUUGGAAUGUUUACAUACAACAGUGAGACUCGCCAGUUUUGGUUCAACUCUAUGUCAUUUGAAAAUGAUGCUCAGUUUACGCUGAUAGGGAUUGUAUUGGGUCUGGCGAUAUACAACAGUACAAUAGUGGAUGUCCACUUCCCGUCUGUGGUCUAUAGGAAACUGGUGGGCAAGAAAGGAACAUUCCAGGAUCUUGCUGAUGUAGACCCAUAUCUUGCCAAAAGUUUACGUGAGAUAUUGGAUUAUGAAGGUGAUGACUUUGAGGAUGCGUUCAUGCAGACAUUCCAGAUCAGUUACAAAGAUGUGUUUGGCAGCACUAUCACACAUGAGCUCAAAGACAAGGGAGAUGAUAUACCAGUAACUCAGCUCAAUAAAAAGGAAUUUGUUGACCUUUAUGCAGACUUUAUCUUGAACAAAUCAAUAGAGAAGCAGUUUCGUGCAUUCCGUCGAGGGUUCCAGAUGGUAACCAGCGAGAGCCCCCUCAAAGUACUGUUCAGGCCUACUGAAAUUGAACUGCUUAUCUGUGGUAGUGAGGACUACGACUUCUUUGCACUGGAGGAAGCAUGUGAAUAUGAUGGAGGAUUUGACAAACAGUCUACAACUAUUAGAUAUUUCUGGGAAGUGGUUCAUGGAUUUGCUGAGGAACAGAGGAGGCAGCUGAUACAGUUUACCACUGGCACAGAUAGGGUACCUGUAGGAGGCCUCUCUAAACUCAAACUGAUUAUUGCAAGGAAUGGCCCAGACUCUGAAAGAUUGCCCACAGCUCACACCUGUUUCAACGUUCUGUUGUUACCAGACUACGGAAAUAAAACAAAGUUAGAGGAGCGUUUGCUGAAAGCUAUAACUUACUCUAAAGGUUUUGGAAUGCUUUAACCAUGGUCUGUGAUAGGAAUUCGUCAAUGUUUGUGAUAAACAGUUGAAUGAUUUGUACAAGUUUCUUCUUAUAUCACCAGAACAGUUUGUAAUGUAGAUGUGUUGGAUGAAAUACACAAUGUUUGCCAAAUAGACAAAAUUAGGCAGUGGAUUUAUUAAGAACUAUGAACUUUUUAUGCAAUAUUUUAAUUUCUGUGGAUUAGUAUAAAAGUUAUAUGAGCCGUGCCAUGAGAAAACCAACAUAGUGGGUAUGCGACCAGCAAGGAUCCAGACCAGCCUGCGCAUCCGCGCAGUCUGGUCAGGAUCUAUGCUGUUUGCUAACGGGUUCUCUAAUUGUAAUAGGCUUUGAAAGCGAACAGCAUGGAUCCUGACCAGACUGCGCGGAUGCGCAGGCUGGUCUGGAUCCUUGCUGGUCGCAUACCCACUAUGUUGGUUUUCUCAUGGCGCGGCUCAUAUAAGUUAAAAUUUGUGCAAGACCCACACUAGUCCUGUUAUCUCCCCUAGUAUCACACUAAUCACUGCUGUCACAAAUAUCACAUGACUAUGAAAUCAAAUGUCCAUUGAAAAAGAAAUUCAGAUAUUGUUUUCUUAUGUUUGCUUUUAUUUUUUGUCACCUGCACUGGCAUGAAAUCUCUGAAUUACUCGAGAAAAAUUUCAUUAACUUAAAUCUGAUCAGAUGAUGAAAUAAACGAUUUAUCAAGUAAAUCUUGAUAAAAAUGUUUGUGACAGCAGAGGUCUUUUUACUGUAAGGGGAGAUCACUGCAAAGGAAAUUGCCUUGUAUUUUACAGUUGAUUGAAAAAACUCACAGAAUAUAUCCUAACCGAAUGUUUUAAUGUGCUUAAUUGUGUUGUCUGGAGUAAUAGAUUGAAGCACCUGAAGCUUGCAGAGCAACAUCUGUAGCAGCUUGAUAGCAAUCUUGCAGUGAUCAUACAAACUAUUUCUCUACAAUGCAGAAAUACUAAAGUGUUUAUACACUGUGUAAAUCUCAAAUGAAUACCACAGAUAAAUAUUUCUUUUGUUUUUGAUUAUUGUUACUUUGUUGCUUUAACUUGACACAGUCGUCUGUAGUUACAGAUUUGCAGAAAUGAAAUUUUAGAUACACAACACCAAUCUAUUAUUGUCUUGUUUGUGUUGAAGGUUAAACAACCAAAAAUGGACCACACCAUGAGAAAACCAACAUAGUGCAUUUGCGACCAUAGUGCAUUUGCGACCAGCAUGGAUCCAGACUAGCCUGCGCAUCCGUACAGUCUGGUCAAGAUCCAUGCUGUUCCCUUUCAAUGUGUAUUGCAAUUAGAUAAACUGUUAGCAAACAGCAUGGAUCCUGACUAGACUGUGCAUAUGUGCAGGCUGGUCUGGAUCCAUGCUAGUCGCAAACGCACUAUGUUGGUUUUCUCAUGGUGCAGCUCAAAUAUUACAUUGAAGUUUCUUGAAAUAGUCCAGUUAUAAUAUGAACUUUGUGUUUGAUUUAUAUCAGUAUCUAUUUGUAGAAAAUUAACUAUAUCAACUGUUUGGAAAGAUUUUGGUGAUGUAUUGAACUUGCAGACAAAAGGGAAGUUGAAAUUUCAAAAUAUGUGUGAAUGAGAAAAGUGAGAUACAUUGAAGUUCAGUUUUUAAACUUUGAUCAAAUACAGAAUCCUUUCUGUUCAGUUUGACAAAAGGGAAAAAUUGUCUCCUUUUUUACAAAGUUUAAAAUGAAAUACAGUGCAACCUCUGUAGAGCAACACGCCUUUGGGAGAUACAAAUAUUGACUGUUGUGUACAGAUUGUUGUUCCGGAGAGGUAAAUUUGAUAGUAUUUUUCAGAUUAGGGAAAUUUUGAGGUUGUUAUAGAGAGGUUUUUGCUUAAGAGAGGGCCACUCUGUGGAGGUUGUACUGUAGAUAUUGUUUAUUAUUUGAGUACAUUGGUCAAAUUCAGUAGGUUCAUCCAAACUUAUAUUCAGUUUACCUGAUCAGAUUCAGUGAGAAAUGUAGAUUUUAUAUUCCUGUAUGCAUACUAGGGUGAAAUUUCAAGUUCUCUUUGUUGGCAGCUUGUUGUCUUGUGUGAAAGGACCUUAGAAAUUGACAACUAACUGUAGUUUGUCACUGGAUUUUAUUGUUACUGUCUGUAUGACUGAUCUUUUACCAGACCUGUUUACACAUGAAGGCUUCUGUUUAUAAAGAACUACCAGUAACCUUAAUUUUUGUCUUGUUUUACUAUUUUGAAAGGGUAGAAACUCUUGUUGUUAUUAAAAAUGAACUCUCUAGAAGCUUUUGCUACUUUCAGUUGUUGUAAUUUAAAGCUGUUAGAAUUCAUUUUCUAGUUGCCAAUAGGAAUGUUGUGUUUUUACAAAGUCUGUAGUUAUGUUAUGAUUUGCUUUCAUCAUUUGUUAUUUAGCUUUCUAACCCUACCCAGCUACAGUUCAUUAAUGAACAUGUACAUCUUUCAAUUUGGAUAGUACCAUUGACUGUUAAAAGGGGUGCUUACCUAAAAGAUACUGACUGGAUAGUGAACAGUGCAGAUCAUGAUCAGACUGCAUGGAUGUGCAGGCUGAUCAUGAUCUACAUUGGUCGCAAAGUUGUAAUCAGUCAUGUCCAACAUGAUUAGGGCUAAAAUUGAGUGGAGUAGAUCAAUGUGUUAGCUCACCUGUCACAAAGUGACAAGGUGAGCUUUUGUGAUCGCGCAGUGUCCGUGCGUCCGUCCGUGCGUCCGUCCGUGCGUCCGUAAACUUUUUGCUUGUGACCACUCUAGAGGUCACAUUUUUCAUGGGAUCUUUAUGAAAAUUGGUCAGAAUGUUCAUCUUGAUGAUAUCUAGGUCAAGGUCGAAACUGGGUCACGUGCGGUCAAAAACUAUGUCAGUAGGUCUAAAAAUAGAAAAACCUUGUGACCACUCUAGAGGUCACAUUUUUCAUGUGAUCUUCAUGAAAAUUGGUCAGAAUGUUCAUCUUGAUGAUAUCUAGAUCAAGUUCGAAACUGGGUCACGUGGAGUCAAAAACUAGGUCAGUAGGUCUAAAAAUAGAAAAACCUUGUGACCACUCUAGAGGUCACAUUUUUCAUGGGAUCUUCAUGAAAGUUGGUCAGAAUGUUCAUCUUCAUGAUAUCUAGGUCAAGUUCGAAACUUGGUCACGUGCGUUCAAAAACUAGGUCAGUAGGUCUAAAAAUAGAAAAACCUUGUGACCACUCUAGAGGUCACAUUUUUCAUGGGAUCUUCAUGAAAAUUGGUCAGAUUGUUCAUCUUGAUGAUAUCUAGGUCAAGUUCGAAACUGGGUCACGUGCGGUCAAAAACUAGGUCAGUAGGUCUAAAAAUAGAAAAACCUUGUGACCACUCUAGAGGUCACAUUUUUCAUGGGAUCUUCAUGAAAGUUGGUCAGAAUGUUCAUCUUGAUGAUAUCUAGGUCAAGUUCGAAACUGGGUCACGUGGAGUCAAAAACUAGGUCAGUAGGUCUAAAAAUAGAAAAACCUUGUGACCACUCUAGAGGUCACAUUUUUCAUGGGAUCUUUAUGAAAGUUGGUCAGAAUGUUCAUCUUGAUGAUAUCUAGGUCAAAUUCGAAACUGACUCACGUGCCUUCAAAAACUAGGUCAGUAGGUCUAAAAAUAGAAAAACCUUGUGACCACUCUAGAGGUCACAUUUUUCAUGGGAUCUUCAUGAAAGUUGGUCAGAAUGUUCAUCUUGAUGAUAUCUAGGUCAAGUUCGAAACUGGGUCAUGUGCGGUCAAAAACUAGGUCAGUAGGUCUAAAAAUAGAAAAACCUUGUGACCACUCUAGAGGUCACAUUUUUCAUGGGAUCUUCAUGAAAGUUGGUCAGAAUGUUCAUCUUGAUGAUAUCUAGGUCAAGUUCGAAACUGGGUCACGUGCAGUCAAAAACUAGGUCAGUAGGUCUAAAAAUAGAAAAACCUUGUGACCACUCUUGAGGUCACAUUUUUCAUGGGAUCUUCAUGAAAGUUAAUCAGAAUGUUCAUCUUGAUGAUAUCUAGGUCAAGUUCGAAACUGGGUUACGUGCGGUUUAAAACUAGGUCAGUAGGUCUAAAAAUAGAAAAACCUUGUGACCACUCGAGGUCACAUUUUUCAUGGGAUCUUUAUGAAAGUUGGUCAGAAUGUUCAUCUUGAUGAUAUCUAGGUCAAUUUCGAAACUUGGUCACGUGCCUUCAGAAACUAGGUCAGUAGGUCUAAAAAUAGAAAAACCUUGUGACCACUCUAGAGGUCACAUUUUUCAUGGGAUCUUCAUGAAAGUUGGUCAGAAUGUUCAUCUUGAUGAUAUCUAGGUCAAGUUCGAAACUGGAUCACGUGCGGUCAUAAACUAGGUCAGUAGGUCUAAAAAUAGAAAAACCUUGUGACCACUCUAGAGGUCACAUUUUUCAUGGGAUCUUUAUGAAAGUUGGUCAGAAUGUUCAUCUUGAUGAUAUGUAGGUCAAGUUCGAAACUGGGUCACGUGCCUUCAAAAACUAGGUCAGUAGGUCUAAAAAUAGAAAAACCUUGUGACCACUCUAGAGGUCACAUUUUUCAUGGGAUCUUCAUGAAAGUUGGUCAAAAACGAUGUCAUACUCAAAACUGGGUCAUGUGGGAAGAGGUGAGCGAUUCAGGACCAUCAUGGUCCUCUUGUUUUUGAUUAUCUGUAUUUGAAAAUUUCAUGGUUUGGACUUUUUCAGCAUAAAGUAAAAUUGGUUGAAAGUUUUGAAGUUAUUAUUCACUGCCUGCAGAACCAUGGUUACUUUACAGUAUGUAUUGGAUCUUUUCUUUUGAUAAGCACUGAUGCUUAGUGAACACUAGUGAUUUCUACCUACGAUUUGAUAAUUAUGAUUGUGUGUCUGAAAUCAUUCGUCCUCCACCUGAUUCAUGUGGGAAAGUUGGCAGUUACUUGUGUGGAGAACAGGUUUGUACUGGUACAGAAUCAAACAACAUUGCUUAGGUGCCCGCCAUUACAUUAACUGAAAUACUGUUGAAAAACGACGUUAAAACCCUUAACAUACAAACACUUUGGCUGUAGUAUAGCAUGAGAAACUCAAGUGGUUUGCUUUCAUAUAGGAAGACUAUAUUUUGUGCUGAUUGGUUAUAUCAUUUGACAGCUUAAUAAUCCUAUAGGAUUUUUGCAUGCACCUUUUCAGUUUGAAUGUAUGUCUUCAGUCUUCUCGAAAGGUGGAGUCAUUGAAAUAUGUUUUGUAUACAUGAUAUCAAAGCCUUACACAGGAUUGCAGAAUCCUUUAAGAUUUAAGUUAAAAAACUUAACUGGAGUAAGUAAUCAUUUUAUGUAUUUAUUGAUGUUUGCAUGCAAGAAAUUUUUACUUCGGAUAUAUAAAAAUUUCUGAAAGUUUAUUAUGUUUUUUGAAAGGGUAAAAUUCUUGCACAAAAUGUUUAUUAUGGACUUGAAAAUGUCAGCUGCAGGAUUUUUAUAUAGAAGUAUACCUAGGUCACAUAGUGAGAUCAGAAAAAAAUCAACACCUGGUGUCAUUUCAGAACAACUAUUGUAGUUUGUUAUGGAAUGAAACAGGAUGUUUAAUUUUAUAUUUCUUUCGUUUUGUUGGACUAAUACUUCUAUCUGUUGCUUUGAUGGCUUUUCUUUGAACAUUCGUACUGGUACAAUAUGCAAGAUUCCAUUAUGCUGAUGUAAGAUUUUAGUUGCAUGUAUAUUUUCUGCUUAUGUUUUACAUUUAAGCCGUGCCAUGAGAAAACCAACAUAGUGGGUUUGCGACCAGCAUGGAUCCAGACCAGCCUGCGCAUCCGCGCAGUCUGGUCAGGAUCCAUGCUGUUCGCUAACGGUUUCUCUAAUUCCAAUAGGCUUUGAAAGCGAACAGCAUGGAUCCUGACCAGACUGCGCGGAUGCGCAGGCUGGUCUGGAUCCAUGCUGGUCGCAAACCCACUAUGUUGGUUUUCUCAUGGCGCGGCUCAUUUGAUAUUUUGUGAAUGCAUUAAGUGCUGAUCAUGUUAGGCAGAACUGAACAAUCUUAGGGCGUGGCCCUUUGUGAUUUUUGAUAAAUUUCAUGUAUAUACUUGUGAUACAAUUAACACCUUCAUUACAUAUAUUGGCAUCAGUUGCUAAAAAAUUGUGACUGUCAGUUACUUCUGUUUUUUCAUUUACAGCAAGCAAAAAAUCAAUUUAUGCAUCAAUCAUUCACUUUAUAAAACUCAUUAAUGUUAUAUGCCUGAAGUAAAUUAGGAGUCAUUUGUGGAAAUUUUCUGUUAUGGCAAUUAUUGAUUAAAACUACGGAAGAAUUUAUUACACAUUACUGAUUGAUUUUACAAUAUGAAGAAUAAUUUAGCAGCUUCUGAGUGUAUAUUCAAUUCAGAGUUAUUAAGAAUAGAAGACUGUUUCCUGUUAAGGACUAAUUUUCAGAUUUCCGCUUGAAUUUCCAAGAGGAAUGUGAAAUUGUUACGUAACAGAUUUAUUAAUUGAUACAUUGAUUGAUUAAACAACCAAAAGUUGUAUUAAUUUUUCCAUUAUAAGCAUCUCAUUUACAUGGUUAAGCAAAGAAUAGAUUGAGGUAAGAUAGAGAUAUUUGAUAGUUCCCAUAUAUUUCUGUCAUGAGAGAAAGUCAUUCAGCACCAGAAAUUCUAAGUAAAGAUACAGUGUUUUAUAUUGACUGAACUGAGCACAUAGUAUUGUAAAACCAUUAUUUAUGACUUUGAAUAUUUGACAUUUCUUUAGUUUGACAUUUUGAACUUCUAUUUUGUGUUUUUACAGUAUUAUCACAAAUAAGUUACAGGACUUCUUUGUAAUAAGUUUUCUUAAUUAUUCCGCAUAAUUUAAAUAAAAAAAAAAUUCAAAGUUGAUUGCAGGAAUUCAUAAAUACAUUUCAAAGCAGUUUCAUAGGAAUGCUUUUAAAGUGAAAUUAUUACUAACAUGACUUCUGGUGUAAAUCACCAGAUCUUAGUUUGUGCUAUUGACUGAUCCUUGAUUCAAUACUAAACUUUGCUGGGCUAAUCAAAACAGAAGGAAAAAAAUAUGAACAUUUUCUUUUGAUGUCAUCUAAUCAAAUACUUGACUUGAUUGACUUACUGUGAAUGACAGUGGGCAGAUAAUUUGACCAUUGAACAUCAAUUCAUUCAGUAAGUGUAUAGUAUUGCCCCCAUCAGUAUUAAGGACAUUUAGAACAGUUUGGCCACUGGUAACUGUUCUACUUAAAGUUGUUCGGUUACCGGGGGCAAGACCAUUUAUGACUGGCCAUUAUACUAAUGAAGUAACUACAUACUGUAAAUGACAGAGACUGUGAAAGUAUUUUGUAACGAUGUUAACAUGAUUUAUAGAGGACACAAUAUGAAAUACACUCUAGUUCUACUGCUCAGAAACCUGUCUGUAAUCAUAAAGCAAAUACAAAACACUAACCAAUUAAAAGAGAAUGAUUUUCAUGUUUCAUUGAAGCCAUUUCCAAAAGCUUUUGAAUAACACUUGUGCUUAACCAGUUAGUGCUGUCAGUGUUUGUUAUACAUGAGUGAGAGUUGAUUUUUUUCUACAUUUAUGAAUCUUGUCUAAGAUUGAUGAAUGUUUGAUAAUAAAAGAUAAAUUGUUUUAAAA